AAUGCAGUCAUUUUUACUAGAAAUAAUUAAAAAUAUCUAGGUGAUUUUAAACAAUUGUAAUAAAUUUUAAGUGUUAAGAAAAUUAAUUAGACAGUACAGAUAGAUUCGGUAAGAUUUGAAGAAAAAAGUUAAUAAGUUAAGAUACUUUUUGUUUUUCACAGUUUACCAAAAAAUAGUUUAAUGAGGACGUGGAACUAGUCCUCUCGCUAAAAUAAUUCACAUUUGAACUGGAAAAUACUCACAGAUUGAUAUUUCUUCCUCGGGUUAACGAUGUUUGGAAUGAAGCUGGUAUAUUCUUGUGUGAGGAGAUAAGUAAAAAUUUUCAAUAUGAAAAAGCCAGUGUUUGAUACUCAAAUUGAUUUCAAUGGACAACAACAACCAGCUACUCAUACCAGUACCCGAAAAUGGAAUUCCAAGAUAGAUUCUUCGCAUUUGGUCACAGAUCAACAACAAACAAUAUUAUUAUCACAUAGGAAAAUUAUAAGGAGAUGGAACCGACUGUCCCGAUUGCAAAGAUCUUUAGUUUACGCAUUAUUCUUAAUAACAGCAACUGUUUUAGUAUUGUUUUAUUCUUCAAAGCUGAAUGCGGCGAAUGUAAAUAAAAAUAGUGAUAGUAAUAUUGUUGUGGAACCUUUAAAAAACGUAUCCCUAGUCAAUGAACCAGUAGAGAACGUCGUUCAACCUAAGAAGACUGUGGUGGAGAGCGAAGUGAAUGAGAGACCUGUAUUUACAGGGCCGUCUAAUGCUCGUCAGUAUGCUGUUGUUGAAAGCUUUAAACAUGCAUGGAAGGCGUACAAGGAACAUGCGUGGGGUCACGAUAACUUGAAACCACUAUCUGGGAUGGCUUUUGAUUGGUUCUCACUUGGCCUCUCCAUUGUGGAUGGACUGGAUACAGCAUACAUUAUGGGUUUAACUGAAGAAUUUGAAGAGGGCAGGCAAUGGGUUAAGAAUGAACUGGUAUUUACAAAGAAUAAAGAUGUGAACUUCUUCGAGGUAACAAUUAGAGUGCUGGGUGGUUUGUUAACCAACUAUCACUUCACACAAGAUGAAAUGUUUCUCAAUAAAGCUAAAGAUCUAGGUGAUCGUCUGAUGGCAGCAUUCUCAUCUCCAUCUGGUAUACCUUACUCUGAUGUCAAUCUUGGAACCAAAACUGCCCAUGCUCCUGAGUGGUCACACUACAGCACUACUGCUGAAGUCACCACAGUGCAACUUGAGUUCAGAGAACUGUCUAGAGCCAGCAAUGAUCCCGUUUACGAGGAUGCAGCCGCGGCCGUUUCAGAGAAAAUACACCAGUUGCCGAAAAAACACGGCCUAGUCCCAAUAUUCAUUAAUCCCAAUACCGGUCACUUUCUGCCGCAUGCAACCAUCACGCUUGGUGCUCGAGGAGACAGCUACUACGAAUAUUUGCUCAAGCAGUGGAUACAGACAGGAAAAACGAUCAAUUAUUUGCUGGAUGACUACAUGACUGCUAUCGAGGGGGUCAGAGAGUUUCUAGCUAAGCGCUCUUCUCCAAAUAAACAUUUAUUUAUCGGGGAGCUUUCAGCUGGUUCUGAGUCGUUCAACCCAAAGAUGGACCACCUAACGUGCUUCCUGCCGGGCACGUUAGCACUUGGACACGCUAACGAUCUCCCUGAUUGGCACAUGACCAUGGCGGAGGAAUUGCUCUACACUUGUUACCUUACCUAUGCAGUACAUCCCACAUUUUUGGCGCCGGAGAUCACACACUUCAACCUGGCUAGUGCAACAAACGAUAUGUAUACAAAAACAGCGGACGCACACAAUCUGUUACGGCCGGAGUUUGUCGAGAGCCUGUGGUAUAUGUACCAGAUUACUGGCAACACUACCUACCAGGACUGGGGGUGGCAGAUCUUCCAAAGUUUAGAGAAGUACGCCAAAGUGCCAAAUGGAUACACUUCAUUAGCCAAUGUGAAAUCUGAAAAGCCAUUGCAGCGUGACAUGAUGGAGUCAUUCUUCUUAUCGGAAACCCUCAAGUAUUUAUAUUUGCUGUUCAGUGAUGAUAGAUUUGUCAUAGAUUUGAAUAAGUAUGUCAUCAAUUCGGAGGCUCAUCCUUUACCUAUACAUAAAAACUAAUGUACUUCCAAAGAAAAAUAGUAAGAGCAGGAACUAGUUAAUAAAUGUAUUUAUCAUAUUGUUGGCCAAUGUUUAUUAUGAACUUGAAUGAUAUUAGACUUAUUUAUUAAUUUGGUGGUCUCAAAACUUACAUUUACAUUUAAAGGCUGACAGGAAUUGGCAAUUCCUCUGAUGUUGCUAGUGUAGCCAUGUGUUGGAUGCUUGUUUGCCUCUAUUUUCAUAAAAAAAAUCUAAAAAUAUAAAAGAUAAAAUAUUACAAAAACGUAGUCACCUUCUAAAUAUAUAGCAUACUUUUAUUUUAAGUAUACUGGUAUUAGUUUUCGUAAUUUUAAUGAUUUCUCCUUAUAAUGGAUAGCAGAUUAUAACUAUAAGAUUUUGUCCCUUUUAUUUGACGUCUACAGUAAUUUUUAAAAGAUUGAUAGCUCUUGAUUUCUUUAAUAGAGCGCGCAUGUUGUGUUACUAAAACAAAGUACGUAGUUAAACAUCCUCAAAGGUAGAGUAAUCGUUAGUGUCAUUCUUAGAUUAAUCAUAAUGAUUACUCGAAUAGAAAAUUUGAGCACGAAACUGUAAUUAUGUACUUUGUCUAAAACGUGAUGUGUGUAUACUUAUAACUUUAUUUUACACUUAGCAUUUAUAUCCUACUUAGUAUAAACAGUGCCAGUUAGACUGGUAAAAUUAGAAUAAUUAAUGUAAAAUAUGUAUACACAAUAUUAAAAAAUGUAAUAUUUGCCGAUAUAACAAAUUUUAAACAAUUUAAUUUAAUAAGCUGGAUCAAAGGUUUUAUUGCGAUUAGAUCGGCAAUGAAAAAAAAAUGUAACUCCUUUACAAUUAUUUUAUUAUUGAUAUUCGGUUUCGAAGUACAUUAUUUUUUAUUUAUAUUAUAUAAUUGUAAAACAAUUAUUAUAAAACAUGCACUAGUUAGUGAAAUCAAUUUAGUACAUAAGUAGCUAACACAAUUCCUCAACAUCAACAAUUAAUGUAUAAAAUUUUUAUUUUAUUAUUAUUUUUUAUAUUUAUAAUUUGGGUUUAUCCUGUUCGUGGAUUGUUCACCGAAUCUUGCUUUUGCAGGCAUUUAUUUUACCAUUACAAAUGAAGCUAUUAUAAAAAAAAAAAACAUAUAUUAUGAAAUAGAUAUUCUUAAGACGGUUAAAAAUAAAAAGUUAACGUAACUUACAAGGUUCGAUAAAUAGAGAUCUGUGAAUCGAAGCGUUUGGAGUUCUAGUUCUUCCAUUAGAGUUGACACAUUUUCUCAGUUAUUUGCUCAUUAGAUGCUUUACUAUUAGAUAUUACGCUUUCAUUUUGUUUUUUUUUUUUUGAAACAUCAAGGAUAGAUCCUUGCCAACUCAAAGCAAUAAUGUUGAUCUAUCCUAAUUAAGUACAAUUAGUACAGUAUUACAUUGGUCAUGGACAUCUAUCAUUAGAUUUAUAUUUUAUAUUACAAUAUCCCACUUGCACUAAUAAGUACUUACAUUAAUACGAAUUUAUGAAUUACUAGCACUAAAAUACUUUUAACGUUAAUAAUUUUAUUGAUGUUUGUGCAAAUUGGCAUUUGUAAUAUAAUUUUUACUAUUAAGAACGUAAACGUGAGAUUAUUUAAAUAUAGAAAUGAUUUAUUUACGCGUUAUGUGUCUCAUUUCUUUUUUAACAUUUUAUUUGUCAAUUUCUUUGUUAUUAUUACUACAUUAAUAGUGAUUUUAGUUUUAUUUAUAAUGUAAUAAUUACUUAAUACUUGUUCAUCACAGUACAUAAAUAUACAUCACAAUAUAAAAAAUUUAACCUGCUUGAUUUUUUCUUUCUUUAGUAAUAGGGACCAAGAUUAAUCAAGUAUUUUAAUUGUCGCCCUGAUUUUUAAGGAAGACAUUUUUAAUUUUAACCCAUCUUUAAGUGGUUAGCGUGGUCUUUGUUUUUACCAAAAAAAACUAUUAUUGUACCACGUUUGUAGAUAGCUUAAUUCAUAUCCAAAAUAUAUCUUGUCAUUGAUAUUGUUCUUUUAUCAAAACUGCACAGCGAGCGUGUAAACUGACAAUGCACAAAAUAUACAUUUAUUAUACAAUUUUCUUCAUUUAUAAAAGUUUUAUCAAAUGAAUUAUGUGAUAUGUGUACAUAGUUUUAAAUUAUUGUAUACACUAUUUAUAUGUUUUUAACUAAGUUCUUUUAUUAUCUCUUAUUACGUAUCUAUAUGCAUUUCUUAUAUCAUUAAAUGUUGUUGAAGGAAAUACUUCAAAUAUAAAAAUAGAAUCCACUUGAAAUGUCUAUCGCUAUUUUGUAUAAUAUUAUGCAUGUAAUACAAAAAGAUACAGGCGAUAUUAUUACAGAUCUUAUUAAACGUAUUCAUAUUCUUGUAACUAUUUUUACUAUUUCAAUAUUUAUAUAAAACAGGUAAAAUAAAAUUAUCAGCAUCAUUUCAAAGAAUUGCUACUAACAGAGAAAUAGAAUGGUGUUUCCAAAUAAAAACUUCAUUUUUACUAAACCUAAGGUAAACUCAAAAUUUUUCUUCCUUUAUUAACCCAUGAUUCCAAAGAGGAAAAAUGUCCUAUUUUACUUGUAGAACACUGCCUUGGAAUGAUGCUGACAAUUUUAUUCACCCUUUUUGUAACAGUAACUAUAACUGUAAAUAUAAACGCCUCCAAUAUGUAUAAUAUAUAAUAUAGUCAUUAUAAAAUAAAUUUAGCUAUUUAAAUUGAAUGUAUUGUGAUUAUUAUGAAAUUAUAUUGUAAUAAAAUUUCAUCAUUUUUGCCAUCAAAGGCAAAGAAAGACUGAAGACUUGAUUACUUCAGUAUGUGCAUCCUUAUUCUUUUGAUGUUACUUUAAAAUUUUGACGUUACGAGAAUCCCUUUAACCGAUUUGACCGAAAAUUAUUAGAAUGAAUGUUAUGAAUAUUGUAGAUCAGUGUCACAGCAUAUUAUAAUAAUGAGACACAGUAUUAAAAAUAAUAGAAAUAGCAUGAAAGUUUUAUUUAGACAUAACAUAACGCUUCCUAAAAUUAACUGUUUCUUUUUGUUUUAAUUAUGUCCUCAUCGGGGCUCCGAUAAUUUUGCCAAUGUCAAGAGACACUGCAGUUUUAUCAGUGAUGCGAUGAGAUUUCUUUGUAAGUGUUCAUUGAGAAUCCUUGAAAUGUUAUAGAAUUGUUCAGACAAUUAACGUUUAUGUCAUGUGUCAAAUAAAAAAAUCAUGUAUUGUUACUAGUUUGUCGCUGAAAAAUUGGAAUUUAAGGAUAAAAAAAAAAUUAAACUUCAAGAGGGAAAUAUGAGUUUAUAAAUUCGUGAGUGACCUGCGUUUUAUACGUUUUACGUUUUGAUGUUGCAGAGCAAUACUUAAUAUUAAUUCCGGAAUAUGUUUUAAAACACAUUAUUGUUUGAAAUUUGACAUAACGAAAUCGUUGAAUGUUUUAAGCUAGCGAUUGACAUCUAAUAUUCCAACUUAAACUGUUGCAAAGUGAACAAUCGUUAAGCUUUAUCUAAGCUAGCUAGCUAGCUUAAAGGACCAAACAACCAAAAAACUAGACUGAAAGAAUGAGUAACAUUCCAAUGGAAUUUUAGAUCAAUCGUUAGCUUUGUAUGCGUUUCCAUUAGGCUACAAAUAAGGGUUAUCUGAUAAUUUUACGGAUCAAUAAGUGUGACUACAGUUAUACGUAUUCAACAUGCAUAGGUGCAUACAUGUGUGUGCGCUGUAGUCAAGUAUUUGUACAGUGCAUGCUUGAUAAGAGAGAGUGAGAACCAUCGCAAUUCAGUUACUUAGCAUGCUCUUUAGCUAACGCAUGGACGCAACGGAAGGAUUGGUAAAUUAGUGCAUGUAUGUACCAAUGCAAAGAAAGCGUCCAAUAUAGUACACUCAAUUGUUUUUAGAAUCUUAACGCACAUUUAAAUUUAAAAGUUAAUUGUAAAUAAAAAUGAAUUGAAAUAUGCCGAGGCAAAAUGUACUGUCCUUUUUUAAAAUAUCAAUAAAUGUUAUAUAAUUUUCUAUUUCCAUAACGUCACUGAUCGAUGCAGACUUAAUACUGUAUGUUGAUAUUAUUUUAUUUCUGUAUGUAGCUGUUUUAAAAGUUAAACCUGUGUGUCUGUCUACACAUGAUGUGAAAAUAUGCUUAUGCUAAUACUUAAUGUUAACUAAUUGAUAACUAAAAAUGUAAUACUAAUGAUGUUUAUUGACCUAUGAUAAUAUUUUAAUGACAUUUCUUAACUUUUUUUGUAAGUACGAAAAUUAAUAGAAACCAAAAGUUAUUUACAAUUGAUUUGUGAGAUUAGAAAUUAAAUAUUAAUAUAAAAUACCAAAAGAGUUAUUUUGUGUUAUUUUAAAUUAUUAUUAUAAUUGAAACGAAGUCUUCUCUUGAUGUAAUAAAAUGUAUGUAAAAUUGUAUUAUUAUUUACUAUGGAGAGAAAGAAGUAAUGGACUCUUGACUAACGUAAUUAAUAAGUAGUAGUAAUAAUACCACCAUAUGAGUAUCAUAGAGAUGGCCAGUGGACAUACUGUGUAAUGAGUGUGAGCGUGAGCCGCGUAAUUACGAGCUUACACGUAUAUAAAUUGCUUCAUAUGUGAACUUAGAGACGCGAAAUCUUUCUGGCCCACGAUACUAAUUACAAUUUAGUUACCAUAGAAAUAGUUCUCGUAAGUACACACAUACAGAGCUUAAUGCGCUAAUGUAAUGCAAAUUUCUAAUUAAUUAUCGUAUAGUAUGGUUAUUAAGAAUUGUAAACGGUAUUAGAUAACUACUUGCUUUUCAGAACUAGUUGUCGGUGUAUUUGCUCGAGGUGAUAUUUAAACAUUUUUUUUAAAGAGUGUUCAUAACUUGAUAUGUGGCAACGUCGCAAUUAUCUGUCAAUAUUCAAAAAUAAUUGAACAUUUUUUUAAUGAUUCAGACUAAUUAUUUAAAAAUAAUAUGGAUUUAUGUUAAUAUGGAUUUUGAAGGCACAAAUUUUUCUCAAUCAAUUUGAAAAGUUUUGAAGCAAAAUAUGAAAUAAGUACAGAGUUCUUAAUGGUAGAUUUAUUUGCAAUAUUCUCUAUGAUUAACGUUUUAAUUUUCUAGUAAUUUUUUUUUAAUAUUCAGCCAGAAACAUUAAAAAAUACUUCGUUAUGAACCCCCUUCAUAAGCAUAUCUAAUUUUCUCGUCACUUCGACAAUUUAACUUCUAGUCCUUCAAUUGGUAUACGAUCUUCUGAUCCUGAUAGGUUUGUCUAAGUCGUGUUAAGUACCAAGGUACUUAAUUGAGUUUAAUGAUGGCGUUAUUGUGCAGACAUUUGAUCGUAGUUUAAAAAUAUAUAUGAGGUGUCUUAAGACCAGUAGAUGCUAAAACAAUAAUUUUAGAAAUAUUGUCCAUCAAUCUGUUUUGACAUUACGCAAAAACUUCACCAAAUUGGAUGCGAUUUUCACACUUGUAUUCCUGAAAGUCUAUCUUAAAAAGUGGUGUAUGUUUUAUACGCCAUCUAGAAUUGCUCUAUUUCAUUGGUUUUCCUACUUCGGAUAUCCACAAGUACAAAAAACUUGUAUAUUAUAAAAAGUGUAUGUACAUCUUAAUAUACUCUUAAAAGGAUCACGUAAUUGUAGAUUUCUUUAUUACUUAAUUCCAAUUAGAUAAUUAUUUUUCUAUAAAAUUAUUUAUAGAAUAUUCAGUGAAAUGAAAUGGGACUAUAAUGUACUUGGUGUUUAAAAAUGUACUGUAAACUAUUAUGUGUUAUGUUAUUAUUUUUCAUGAUGAUAACUGUUUGUGUACUUCUUGUUAAUCGAAAAUGUUAUUAACAAAUUCCGUGACCUUCAAGUACUAAUAAUAGUAUGCGAUCAAUUUUACUGCUAUAAGUAACUAUGCUAUAAUCAUAUUGGCCUUAAUUUUGCCGUUCUGGAUAUUUGCCUAGCUAGCGCCCUCUAGUUCGGUCCCAAUUCUGAUAAUUCUCCAGGAACGGAGACGCAGAAUUAUUUUAGAAAAAUUCAUGGCCAGAUUUAUUAAACAAUUUCUUUAUAUUAACUGCAAUAUAUAUUUAAACAAUGUUAUAUAGUUAACGGUAAGAAAACAUCGUGGAAUUUAGUGAUUAUGUAUCAUCUUUAGGUUACAAUGGAAUAGAGCAUCAAGUGUCAAAAACGUGUCAAAAUUUAUUCAGCUAAUUGUGCCAUUUGAAUUAAAAUGGCAGGCUUUUUCAAAACUUAGAAAAUAAAACACAUUUUAUGUUUAUAGUCAUAUAUAAAUCAAAGUAUUCGGUAAGAUAAAAAUAAUUACAAAUCAUUAUGCACUGUUAAUUUUAUGACUUCAAAUAUAUUGGUAAGAACUUUA